AUGGCCUCGUGCUCGGAGAUCUGUGCACCUGAGCAGUCUGAGCGUGCUCAGAAACCCACAGAGGCGGAGGCGGGGCAGGGGGCGGCAUCGUCGUCAUCGUCAUCGGGCUGCCACAAGUAUGGCGUGCGCUCAUACCUGCACCACUUCUACGAGGAGUGCACGGCCUCUGUGUGGGAACGCCAUGAUGAUUUCCAGACCCAGAGAUCGCCACAAUGGCUGAGCUCGGGCCUCUGGAAGGUCUCUCUGGUGUUCGGUUCCCUGGUGCUGCUAAUUGGCCUGGUGGUGUUUGUGGUGGGCUGCACACUCCCGUCCCGCAUCGAGGCCUUUGGCGACGGGGAGCUGCUCUUCGUGGACCACCAGGCCGUCCGCUUCAACCAGGGGCUCCAGGUGAGCAUCCAGGCCGGGGCGGUGAUGCUCUGCCUGGGCGGCCUGACGGUGGCCGGCAGCCUCUUUGUCUCCGCUUUCUCCAGGAGCCACAGGAAAGAGGAUCCCAUGCUCAGCCCGCCCACCAAAGACCGGGAUCGAGGCAGGGAGAGGAGGAGAGGAAACAGAGGAGGAGGAGGAGGAAGAGAAAGUGGAGGAGGUAACGUCCCCUCUGAGCCAGUCACCAAGCCGCCUACCCCCAUGUCUAGCGAGGCAGGAGUGCCCGUCACCCUGUCCAAAGUAGAAACCAUACAACCCCCUUCGGAAGAAGUCCCCUCAUCCCCGUCUCACUAG